GUUAUUUACUACCCGCCUGUCCGUCGCAAAAGAAACAAACUUGCCGCCAUCCGCUAACCUCCACAAUGGCAGGCCGCCAUGGGCAGACAUGCCAACCCCGACAUCCGGCGUGCUUUUGCUGAAUUCCAGGACCAGGAAACGCCCUCCAAAUGCAACAAGGUCCGCUGUCGCCAUUGCGGCUACGUUCGCGCAAAAAAUACGACGCGCCAGAUCGAACAUCUGCAAGAAUGCCAGGCAUACCUAGCCUCGUCGGACGCGCAAGCCCACCUCCUCGCGCAGCAGCAACAGCAGCAGGAUGGAACUCCAGCUGAGCCAAACAUGGCCGCUGGCUCCAGUCAAAUCUUCAGCGGACAACAGCCCAAUCCAAACCUACAGGUCCAACGGCGGGGUCCCAACACCAGCAAGCGCGCCCGCGAUACCCAGCCCAUUAUUGCGCCAAAAACUGUUCCGGUGCCAACGGUCAUGCCCUCUCUGACCGCACAUCUACUCAAUGUCUGCGCUGGCCCUCUGCGACAGGCAACCCAACGGCCCUUCUUGUCGCAUGCUGGCUGCGGAUCCCUAACGGCGGAGCCUCUGUCAUGGUGGCUAGUGCAAGAUGGGCACUAUGCGCGUGGAUUCAUACGCUUCGCAGGACAGUUGCUGGCCAAAAUUAGGUUACCGCAGACACCGAACUCACAGUUCCACCCCAUGUAUCGUACCAUGGACCUCUUGAUCUCGGCUUUGAACAACAUGCGACGGGAGAUUCAAUUUUCUGAGAUUACUGCAACAAAAUACGGGCUGUCUCUGGGCACGGAACUGCCUACCCCCGUUACUCGCGGAUUAAUGGAUCUCUUGAUCAGUGCCAGUAGCUCAAGCGCAUCUCUCUUAGAGGGAAUGGUUGUGCUUUGGGGAACUGAGCAUGCCUAUCGUGCCGCUUGGCAAUAUGCAUCGACCUUUUCCAGCUCCCUACCUACGUCCAUCAGUGAUUCGCAUAUUGCCGCACUCCACCAAGUCCUCAUACCAAAUUGGACCUCGCCCCCCGCAUACAAGUUCCUUGACGCAACACGCGCGCUUGUCGACGAGCUGGCCAACAUCACAACCACACGAGACGGCAAGGAAGAAAUGGUCCGCUGCGAAGAACUCUUCCGGCAGAUAUGCUGGUUAGCAGAACGCUACUGGCCCGCCAUUGACGAGAACGGCGGCUGGAUUGACCCUCCCAUGGGCUACACCAUUCCCGGCGCGCGUCCCGUCACCAUGAACAGAAACGUCAUACACCCGAACAUGACCGGACCCAGCAUGCACGGCCCGGGCAUGAACAUGCAUGGGAACCCAGUCAACGGAAAUAUGGCAGGCCCCGCGCCAACCCCCAACAUGCACGGUCACGUGAACACCAAUAUGAACAAUAACGCGAAUGCCAAUCCGAAUAUCAACACCAGCACCAAUAUGAAUACCAAUGCGAACAACAGCAACAGUAACAGGAAUAACUCUGCACCCAGUGCUCCAAUUAAUGCUGGUGUCCGCAAAGAAAGCACGUCUGUUAAUGAUAAUAGGAGCCAGCAGAGCAUGGACCGUGCAAACAGCAUGGAUAGCGACAGUGGAGAGUCGUCGGCUUGAUGAAUAAGGCUUCUCUGGGAAAACGACUCUACGAUUUUAUCCUAUCGAUAACGGUAUUGGCUAUUAGCUUUCUACAAAAGCAAAGGAGGGGUAUACCCGUUGGUGUAUGGCAUGAUUUGUUGCGACACGACGCUGAGUGUGCAAAGGAGUGAUGACUGGGUCGUUUUUGCAUGAAUCCGCAAGAGAGAGAGAGGGUGGGAAUUUGAUUGCGUGUUUGCUCUGCCGUAUGAUUUUGUGGAUUUAGCUUGUGAUAUCCCGUUUGUAUAGCCAAAAUUUAUGCGUCUGUACAUAUUUUUACAUUAUACUUUUGAAGUAUGUGUUGGAG